AGUUGAGUUUUUAAAGCAGUGAAUUUGUGUAAUUAAUGUAGAACUUAUACAUAGAGCUGUAUCGAAUCGAGAUGAUAUCUUAACCUCUAAAGUCUCCAACUUCAACGCUUAAUAACGGUCGGAGCCGACCGCCGCGUUUUUUUUUGCCAGAUUCGUUCGUUUUGAGUGAAAACAUGUCAAAUAAGUGUAUUUUUAUUAAGAUUUGAGGUGGAGAGUGAGGGAGGGGGGAGUUAUUCUAAAUAAUUACCAAAAAAAUUAUGAUUACAAUUGUCACGUACCUACAUUAUACCAUCGCCAAUUAAACGUAGAAUGGCGUCAGCCACCUAUAUUUUUAGGUUAUUUGAGGUUUUGAUAUGUGAGAGGCUAAAGCUAAACGUGUAUUGUUAAAUUAUAUUGUGACAUAAUUGAAUAUUUUAUACUCGACAUGCACAGAAUCUAGCAGAAAUAAGCGUCGCUGUGCUCAGAGAUCGCCCGAGAUUUUCGAGAACAAAGAUGUUAUUCGUUAAAGUUGAUGACUAUUUAGAUUAGGAAAUCUGUUACAUUGAUGGCAUAGAGGGACACAAGACAUGACAGAAUGACGUUCUGCCAGAUUCUUUCACAUCAUGCAAAAAUGCAUCAAGCACGCGUUGAUCCUGACCCAAUUAACAUUGCCUUGGAAAUAUGACUCUUCUAAAUGGAAUUGGUGGCGAAUGUACAGAACACGAGCAAAUCAUAAAACCAAAGAAUACGAAGGUCGCAAAUUAGUAGGCUUUUCAAUGGAGAAAAUGUACUACGUAGUUGCCGAUGUGGGAAAUUAUAAAAAUUUUUUACCCUUUUGCAAAAAAUCUGAGAUUACUUUGAAAACCAAAGACUUCUUGAAGGCCAAUUUAGUAAUUGGGUUCCCACCUAUAAAUGAAAAUUAUACUUCAACAGUGACUACAGUAUAUCCAAAGCUAGUUAAAGCCGAAUGUAAGGAUGGCAGAUUGUUUCAUCAUUUAGAUACCCUAUGGCUGUUUAGUCCUGGACUGAAAAAUAAUUUCGAAACAUGUGUGAUCGACUUCUCCUUGUCUUUCGAAUUUAAGUCCAUCAUUUAUUCUCAUUUGUCAAAUUUAUUUUUUAAUGAAAUUGUGAGACAAAUGGAGAACGCUUUCAUUGAAGAGGCUGUAAAAAGGUAUGGCCAGCCAUGUUUAAAAACAGUACGACUACCAAGAUGACACAAGACAUCUAUAUAUAGAAAUCAUUGAAUAUAGAUAGUAUUUAUUUUUUGGCUUAAUGAAAUUAUCUAUUGUUACCUAAUUCUUUUUAGAAUAAAUGUAUGUAACCUUAACAAGAUUGUAUGACAACAAUAAGACAAUAAAAAAGUUAUAGGUUCUCUAAAGACUAAAUCUAAAAAGAACAAUUUAAAAAGGAACAAAAGCCAAUAAGAGCCAACACAGAGCAGUAACGUGUAAAUUAUUUAUUAACAAAAUUUAAGUUAUAUAUGUGAAUUAACGCAUUAGACGCAUUUAAAAGUGUAUCAACUAUUAUCAACUGCCUCAAGUCAAAAUAGAAGUAGUCAGUGCACUGGAAAGAGUGCUAAGAAAUCAUCUAGAAAUUAAUCUAAAAAAUUCUCAGCUAAAGUUAGAUUUAUUGAGUAUUGCAAACGCGCCUUCAUUUUGAAAUGGAGCCAUUUCAAAUUUACGCAUUUGUAUAUACAUACUUUAUUUAAGAAAAA